AUGACAUCUUCUGCCGCCCAAGACGAAUUCAACGAGCUCUUCCGCGACAGGGACCGAGACACCAGACACCCCGAAGACAGAGCCCACGACAGCGACCGCUCUGAGCCCGAGCCCGAGCCUGAACACUACCCCGAGAAGGGCGACACCGACGACGAGCUUGACGCGCCAAAAGACAUGCGUUCCAACUACUACCUGCCCUCGAUCCGGUCCGAGGCCAACACCGGCCCCAAGGGCGUCAUUGCGGACGCCCAUGCCUUCGAGCAAGCAAAGAAGCAGGCACGGCGCUUCACCUGGAGGAAGACGUCGCCGCCCAACUCAUACACAGUCACCGCGUACCACGACGAGAAGCAGGCAUCAGACGAAGAUGGCGAGGACAGCUUCAUGAAGCGAUGGCGGGAGGCACGGCUGCAGGAGCUCCAGAACGCCGGCCAGCGGAUACGAUCGCGGACCACGAGCCCCAGCCGGCGGAUAUACGGCAACAUGCCCAUGGUGGACGGCGAGGGCUAUCUCGAGGCCAUUGAGAAGGUGGCGCGGGACACAACCGUCGUGGUCUUCAUCUACGACGACAUGUCCGAGAUCUCCAACAUGGUCGAAGCCUGCAUGCGUGACGUCGCAAAGCGGAACGAGACAACCCGCUUCGUCAAGCUGCACUACGAGGACGCUGAGAUGGAAGUCGCCGGCGUGCCUGCCGUGCUCGCAUACAAGAACGCCGAGAAGUUCGCCGGCCUCGUUCCGCUCAUGGACGAGCUGCCAGAGGACUCCGAACUGAGCGCCGUUAGCCUCGAGACGUGCUUUAGGCGGUGA